AAAAAAAAAAAAAAAAAAAAACCAGCGAGGUUAUCUUUUCUCAACUGCGUGUCACGGUCUUUGGCAAGUUAAAGCUACGCGUUUAUCGUCUCGUGUUUUUUAAUUUUUUAAUUUUUUUUUUCUUUAAAAAAAUGUCUGAUCAAGCUAUUGAAUUGUCGUCUGCACCAUUUGCACCUCACAGCAACAUCAAGAAAAGAAAGACUACUCAUAAUGGUUCUUCGCAGCAACCAAGCUCGUUUGAGCAUGAGUUACUAGCAUUAAAUGAACAUAUGGAUCUUGAUAUUAAAGUUGAAAAUACGGAGGCUGCCUGGGCUCGCCCUCCACCUCCACCUAUUGAUCCUUCAAAGGACUCUAUUGGUAAUUACAAAUAACAAGCUUUACCUUACCUUUUUACCAAGAUCAUACUAGUGUUUCAACAGAUUGAAGUCGAUGAAUACAUGAAUUACAAUAUCCGCCAGCCCAUGAUCAGAAUGUAUGGCGUUACCAAGACCGGAAAUAGUGUUCUUUGUCAUGUGAAGGGAUUCUAUCCUUAUUUCUACUUUCCAGCUCCAAGAGGUUUUCAACAUAGUCAUCUUCCAGCAUUGAAGCAAUCUCUUUCG